GCUCCAGCGGCCAAUCCUGCCCUGUACGCCGUAAUUAUGGAUCGAAGGCGGAUAUCCCUCGGGUUCUGGGCUUUGGCCACCGUUCUCAGCUUUGCACCCGGCGCGCGGCGCCCCGCGUCGCCUAGACGAAGAGUUAGCGCAGCCCUGCGCGUAUCCACCGGCGACGCGGCCCCCGGCGGCUCGGACGCCAUCUACGCCGGCCUCCGGGCCCGCUGCGAACAGCUCCAAGCCGCGGCGGCCCGGGAACUGACGGACCUCGCGGACCUGCGCCACGCGUGGGUCGUCCUUUUUAGGGGGGACGAGACGGGCGAUGGGAUCCACUCGCUGUCGAGCGAGGGCCGGGAAAUAGUCUUAGCGUUUGAGGCCGGCGCGGAGGCGCAGCGCUUCGCCCUCGUCUUAAAGGCCCAGGGGUUCUACGAGCCGACGCCCCGCAAAAUGGACGUCCGCGACCUCGAGGCUUUUUGUGCCUCUGAUGAACGUAUAUCAUUAUUACGCGUGCCCGAGGGCACGGCGCUGGUGCCGCCGGAAGAUAGGGUGGAUGACGUCGAGUUUUCGCCUCGCGGCGCGCCGUCGGCCGAGUCGACAGAGGAGCUUGAUGAAGCGUCGCGGUCCCUCGACGAGGCGCGCGCGCGCUUGGAAUUGCUGUUCCAGUAG